AAACGCAAUAUUCCACUGAUUACAAUGGACCAUUUGCAGAAAAUCAACUCACUACAACCAAUACGAUCCUUGACAGAAUCUGAGUUAAAAGUAUUCCUGAAAUUUCAACAUGCCAUAGGCAAGGUGUUAUACUUUGAUGAACACAGAUUAAACCGUCAUAUUAUUUUGUCUCCAACCCAUUUAAUUGAUGCCUUUAAGUCUAUUGUUACUGAUAGAAGUUUCUGCCAAGGAGACAAAGAAAGAGAAGAGUUAUGGGAUGUAAUGGGCAAGAAAGGGGUGGUAUCAAAACAAGUUAUCCAACAAAUUUGGAAAAAAAAAUAUCGGAAAUUUUACAAUGAUAAAGAUUAUUUACUGAAUGUCAUGACCCAUCUCGAUAUAUUGGUUGAACCAAAGAGAUACGACUUAGAUCGCAACCGUAUACCUGCUGACUUUUAUUAUAUCGCAAGUAUGGUACGAGCGAAAGAUGAUUCUGGGUACCUUAAGUCAGCAGGCAUUGCUGACAGGAGUAUUGCCAUAGCUUUUCAGUCUUCUUCACUGAUGAUACCUCCUGCAUUAUCAUUUAGAUUUAUAAGUUACUGUCUAUAUGUAUGGGCAGUGAAAACAUACGGAGAGUCAAAGAACGACAUGUUGUUCCAUAGGUCAGGGGUGUUCACUCUAGAUCCUUCUUUGGAUAUGUCCAUUACUUGCGAAGAUGACAUGAUUAUUGCCCGUCUUGUUCAUGCUAGAACAAACACACUGAUAUCGAGGGAUAUGGCUUACAGCAUUAUUGCGUGUUUAACAUCUGCAUUAGAAAAAAUAAGUCAGUUAUAUAUCAGAACAAGCAGCGACUCCAGUCACAUCAGUGAUGCAGCCUUUAUUACAAGAAUAUGUUGUAACUCACCAGAUAAUCCAUGUAUCAUCGACGUCAGACAACUAGAAAACAUAAGCAACAUAUGGAUAUGUCCUUCACAUGGGAUUGAACAUAACAUAAAUAUAAUCACAUCAUGGUUCCAAAGAAAGGGAGACGACAAAUGUGAACCAGAUUGUCCAGUUACAACUGAAGAGUUUUUGAAAGAGAUUCCAUCAGAUCUACAUCUGCGUCGAUUAUCCCUGCUGUACAACAGAGAUGAGAUAAGACAACUGGCUACGCACCUGGGACUGACAUAUGCUGAAUGGGAAAAUGUUUGUGACCAAGAAAGUCAAAGUGACGAACCGGAGAAACUGAAAUUUGAAAUCCUCAGAAAAUGUCGGAACACAUUUUCGUUGACAUUUAAAAGCAUAAAGGAUGCCACGGUGUAUGCAAACAUACAAAACCCUCAUACCAUCUGCAAGGUUGUAGCAGGAGCAAAUAUUGAUUUAGAUGACAAAUGGGAUAUAGUACCAACAGAAGAACACAUCGAUAGAUUGGCCCCAUUAAUUGGGAACAGUUCUCUUCACUUCUUGAUCGAACUUGAUAUGAAGUUUGAGACGUGGGAACAGAUUUGUUACAGACAAGCAGACAGAGAUUUGGUAAGACUGAACAAGAAUAUUUUAGAAGAAUGGAGAAAUCAGUUUUGCCGGUCGCACAAUCUGAAACCAACAUUGCGUAAAAUUGGACAGGCAUUUAGUAACGUUGGUAAACAUGGCAAAAUGGUUGAAAACACAUUAUCAGAUUUGGUUUGAGUACCUUUCAUUUAAACAUCAAUUUCAUGUGACUGGAGAAUGCUACAAGAAUAAUAAAUAUUAAGAAUAGAAGGAACCUACAACUGUUAUUGUAAGCUGAAAUCUUAACAUUUAAAUUUUAAAAUGCUUUUAUGUUUAACUUUUGCCAUCAUAAUCAAAGUAAACAGUGCAUUUUCUUUUAAACGUUGUUUUGAAAUUGUUUCAUGACAUGUGUACUAUAUACAUGUGUAACAAUUGUCUUUUUCUCACAAUUCAAGCACUUUUUUGUUUUAACCCUUCGUUAUUGAACACCAUUUUUUUUUAUUAUGUUAUUCUGCUUAUAUCUAUUUUCCCUAAAGACUAAUAAUCAUAUAGAUACCAUGUUUAUGUAAGAAACAACUGUCAGAUUUGUAUUUAUUGUUAUUUAUCUAAAAUAUGACUUACGGAAAACAAAAUCAUCUCUUCAACGUCACGUCAUUCAUCACCGUUGUUGUUGUCUAUUCAUUUGGUAUGUUUAAGGUUUUUGGUUUUGCCAUUUGAACAUUUGAUUAGGGACUUUCCGUUUUAAUAUUUCUAAAAGCUUGGUGUUUUUUUUAUCUAACUUUCUACACUAAAAAUGAUUAUAAUAGUUCUUCAGCAUUCUUAUUAAAAUUUUGGUUGGGGCUGUUAACACAUUUUAAAACUUAUCCGAACUUUUACUUUAAUUCAAAGUCAAACAUAAUGAACCAGUAUUUUUGUUUUGUUUUGUUUCUACUAAAUAUCAAAUAUGUUUUGUUUUAUGUUUUUGAAUUUGUUUUUUUAAAUUUUGUUUGCAAUAACUUACAUUUUUUUUUAUUAUAUAUAAACAUAAUAAGAUGAGGUUAAUUAUGACUACAUAUGUCAUAAAGUGUUUGUGUAUUGACUAUUAUAAUGCACGUGCCUUUGUGAAUACUUUAUAUCAACAAGUGCGUUUUCAACUAUAUAUAUGAGCAAGUGCAUUUGAGAUGACUAUACAUUAAGAGGAUUCAGUGAUCAAUCACAAAUGAAAUACAUUUCAGAUAUGUAUAACCUGUUUUGGUUGUCUAGAUUGGUCAAACAGUAAAUAGCAUAAAAAAAAAAUUCAAAUAAGCAUAACUCCUAUUAAAAAUUAACAAUUACAUUUAAGAAAAAUUAAAUUUAAAUUAUGUUUAUGUACUGUCACUUAUUAAUAAGUAAUUAUUCAGAUUAGAACACAUAUUUGUUUAUGUAACAAUAAUCAGCCCUUUCAAUUUUAUAAAUUUUAAGGGCAUUACCCCUUAGAAUGUUUGUUAAGCAAUAUGAAUGUUUAACAAUUAAAAUAAUAAUUCACUUAAAAAAAUGCUUUUUUAUCAAAGUUUGGAUUAUUGAAACAAUGCUUGGCUAUUCAGAAGGUAUCCAUAAAUGUGCAAAUAUUGUAUUCUACCUAAGUAAAAUAAAGAAUUAAUGGAAAACAGAAUGAUUUUUUUUAUUAUUUAUAUAGAAAUUAUCUAGAAAUUACUCAAUGGUUAUCUGUUUAAAAAGUAUAGCUGUAAUACUAUGAAACUACACCAAGUCUUAACUAGUUUGUGUUGAAACCAGCUUAAAAAAUCAUAUUGCCCAUUAAUGACCAGUAUUACAUAGUUCUGGGAGUAUUGCCCAGCCCGGGAAAACACCCGGGAAUUCCCAGGCGAGUAAUACUUUGCCAACCCUGGUUUUUGCUUAAUAUUAGAAUUAUAGAAUACUUAAAUGAUUGAAACAAUAAUUCAGCAAUGUAAAUUUAUAUACAUGUUGAGAAGUUUUUAUUGCAGAGGAAUAUAUUUUGAUGUGUACAAUUUUUAUAUUAAGCUUUGUAUUUGUAAGUUGAGCAUGUUAAUAUGUAAAUUAUUUUAUCUCAUGUAGUAGCUCUUGUUCACAUUAUUUAGUCUCAGAUCCGUAUAUUUUUUGUUUUAUCUUCUUAUAUAUCAGCUCCAAAGUUUGUUACGAAAAUAUGUGUUUUAUCAAGCAGCAAACAAUCCAUGUAUAGUUGUUUUUAGGUUCAUAUGUAUAUAACUUUUUUUUUCUGGAAUAUUUGUUAUACUUUGGAAAGUUCUAAACAAAAGAUAGAUUGCUGGUCUAACGCCGCUGACAUCAUUAUGCUAAUGUUCAAAUGAAGAAUCAUAAAAUGUUGAGUUAAACAAAUUAAUGUCACAAAACCGAAAGCGUACCUAAAUUCCAAUGUUCCUCCCCUGGCAAUCAACAUCGCACCAGAUUCAUAAUUUCAAGGACUCAUCCUCCUAACAGAGUGAACUGAUCAAUCAGUUAUUUCUGAAUAAUUAAUUUUUAAAAACGUCUUCAUGUACGUUUUAUUAAUCUGUACAGACUCAUAAAACUAUUGAAUAUUGUUUCAGAUGAAUGACUUGCGAUGACAAAAUGUCGCAGUAGUAUGUUCAAAUCAAACAUAAAUAGUAUAUUGGCAUGAUUUAUAAAUGAAAAAAAAAAAUAAACAGAUAUAUGCAUCGAAAAAGUAUUUCAUUUUAACUACAAGGCUGCUUAAAAUCUGUUGUGAGUUCUCAAUGAAUUUUUUGUGACAAGAAAAGAGCUGACGGAUUAUGAUAACGGAACACAGUUCCGUGUGGUAUGAUAUAAACUGAGGGAAAUGAUCCCGGUAUUUCUUCUUUUUGUAGGUUUGAUGUGUAAAUAGUUAGUAUAGGAACCAGGCUUAAAAUUUGAUACGCCAGACACGCCUUUCGUCUACAUUAGACUCAUCAGUAACGCUCACAUCAAAAUAGUUAGCAUAGGAACCAGGCUUAAAAUUUGAUACGCCAGACACGCCUUUCGUGUACAUUAGACUAAUCAGUAACGCUCACAUCAAAAUAGUUAAGGCCGAACAAAUAUUUUUUUUUAAAUAAAACAUGUAAACAUUUAAAACAUAUUGCUUUGAUUACAACAUACCCCAUGAUGUUGUAGCAGACCCAAUGAUAAGGUUUUGAUAAGUUUUUUAAGACUGGUUUUCUUUUCUUGUUUGUUGAUUCUGUCGAAAUAUUAAGAAAUAUAAACCAUUUCAUAUAGAAUUAUAUU